AUGGAACCAACAAUAGCAGGACCACCAACAGCAGGGCCACCAACAGCAGGGCCUCCAACAGCAGGCAGCAUUCCAACAGGACCACCAACAGACUCCAACAGCAGUGGCUUCAACAGCAGGGCCUUAGGACCUCCAACAGCAGGGACCAACAGCAGGCCACCAACAGCAGGGCCCUCUCCCAGGACACCAACAGCAGGGCCUCCAACAGCAGGACCACCAACAGCAGGGCCUCCAACAGCAGGCAACAGCAGGGCCUCCAACACAGGACCACCACAGCAGGGCCUCCAACAGCAGGACAGCCCUCCACAGCAGGCAACAGCAGGGCCUCCAACAGCAGACCACCAACACAGGGCAUCCAACAGCAGGACCACCAACAGCACCUCCAACAGCAGGCUCCAACAGCAGGACCAACAGCAGGGCCUCCAACAGCAGGACCACCAACAGCAGGGCCUCCAACAGCAGGACCACCAACAGCAGGGCCUCCAACAGCAGGACCACCAACAGCAGGGCCUCCAACAGCAAGACCACCAACAGCAGGCCUCCAACAGCAGGACCACCAAACAGCAGGGCCUCCAACAGCAGGCAACAGCAGGACCACCAACAGCAGGGCCUCCAACAGCAGGACCACCAACAGCAGGACCACCAACAGGGACCCAACAGCAGACCACCAACAUCUGGACCUCCAACAGCAUCAACAGCAGGGCCUCAAAGGACCUCCAACAGCAGGGCCUCCAACAGCAGGCCCUCCAACAGCAGGACCUCCAACAGCAGGACCAACAACAACAGACAACAGGACCAACAACAACAGGACCAACAACCAACAACAACACAGGACCAACAACACCAGGGCCAACAACACCAGGGCCAACAACAACAACGGACCAACAACAGCAGGGCAACAACAACAGGACCAACAACUACAGCAAGACCAACAACAACAGGACCACCACCAACAACAGGGCCACCAACAACAGCAGGGCCAACAACAACAGGACCAACAACAAUAACAGGACCAACAACAACAGCACAAACAACAGCAGGACAACAACACACAGGACCACAACACCAACAACAACAGGACAACAACAGGACCAACAGCAAUAG